UUCCGCGACUUUCUAGCUUCAUACAAUAAAUUAUCCGAAUCAUGUUUUAGUGAUUGUGUACACGACUUUAGUAGUCGAAAGAUUUCAAGUUUGGAGAUCGGCUGUGCUUUAAACUGUACGGAGAAGUAUUUAAAAAUGACACAACGGAUUAUGCUUCGAUUUCAGGAGCAUCAACAGCAAGUGACUGAGUCUAUAGCCUCACAGAAAUAA